CAUAACAUGAAAAUAUGCCACUAAUAUAAAAGCUUGCCUAAUGUGUCAUCCUCUUUAUAAAUUUGUAACACCUAUGUCUUCUUAGUAGCAAAAUUUCAUGUGUAUGAUGAGAGUAGAAGUCAAAAGUUUGUACUCCAACUUUUGACAGUAGUAAUUUUUUGACUUAAUUUCUAGAUUAACAAUGCCAGUUCCUUUAGCUCCAUAUCCAAGUCCUCCAAUACCAUUUACACCCCCUGCAGCUGGUACAGAAAGCCAACUAGUGUGUUCAGGAUGUCGAAAUCUUCUGCUUUAUCCGAUCGGAGCAACCUCGGUUUGCUGUGCUGUUUGCAAUACUGUCACAGGUGUUCCUCCUCCUGGUACUGAAAUGGCACAAUUGGUGUGUGGAGGUUGCCACACUUUACUAAUGUACAUUCGUGGGGCCGCAAGUGUACAAUGCUCGUGUUGUCAUACCAUAAAUUUGGCCUUAGAGGGAAAUCAAGUAGCACAUGUGAAUUGCGGAAAUUGUAGGAUGCUAUUGAUGUACCCUUAUGGUGCACGAUCUGUGAAAUGUGCCGUGUGCCAAUUCAUCACGUCUAUUGGGGCGACGCCAAGCAACAUAGAACAAAAGCUUGUCGCUUAAGAGCUUCAUAGUGACGUCUCAACUUGCCGACAUCUAUAGAGUUACCAAAACAAUUUCUCUUAUGAGAGAUUGUUAAUACUGUAUUACUACUAUUGUCAUGAUUAUUGCUGACCUAUUUUAAGUGGUGAUUUUGUAUAUAUAACCAAAUGUAUGUUGAUUUGGUACAAUAAUAAAUAGAAUAAGAUGUUUUCGCUUUGAUGAUUUCA